GGGGGAGGGAAUAUGAACAGAAGAAAAUGGAUAUAAAAGGCUGCUUAAAGGAAGGGCAAUAGAGCAACAACAACAUCAUCAUCAUCAUCAAGCAACGCUCAAGCAACAGCAUUUUUUUACUCCACAAACCAGUAAAGCCAACUUGGCCCCUCAACUUAAACUACAAAUAAAACAUCAAAAUGAAGUACGCCAUCGCCCUUUCUCUUCUCGCUGCCACAGCCGUCCACGCAGCCCCCGAAAACAUGAACUUCCGACGGUCCCAAUCUGUGCAAAUCCGCAACUUCGCUUCCAACGUCAGCGCGACCAUCAGUAUGGCCGAUCUGCAACUGUCCCUGUUCGACCCAAACCGGCGCAUCUACACCGACUGCUCUGUCGCUUGGAAUACUGAUCGCCACAUCCCUCCAAGCCCAGAGGGCUCGUGCACAAACAACGAGUACCAAAUCAGUUUCCCUGAUGGGAUUGACGAUGUUCAGAAGUUUACGCUGAAGGUCGCUACUGUCGAUGGGGCUGAAUCGGGGCAGGCUGUUAUCGAUUCGACGGUGGCUGGGUCGGAUUGGGUUUGCAAGAGUAAUCCUUGGAACGGGGUUAAGGAGGGUUGUGAAUGGGUUGGUGUUUUGAAUAUCGCGGUUUAGGUGUGCAUGGUCUGUAUUGGAAUUGGAACGGUUGUGCUCGAGUAGCUGAAGAGCCCUGCUGUACUAUUGGGACUUGCAAAAUCUGCGAGGUCGCAUGGGUCGUGUCUGUCAAUCGUUCUUACUUUCUUAUUAUUGCUAUAAUAUCGUUGUAUCGUUGAACAUUCUCUACCAUAGCAAUAAAGAUUAGAAUUAGGGCUAACAUCGAGAAAGGCCGAGGUUGCCAAGAUGCGGACCAGGCUAGUCCCAGAAUGUCUUAGCGGAUGACGAAAUCGCC